AUGGUCGCUUCAUUGACCAUCAAACGAUUAUUGUCGUCCACUGUGGAUGGUAAGCCUUUCCAAGUUUGUUUCAAGUUGCCUAAAAUGAUGCGGCUUAUGAAAUCGAGUGAAAUGCUGUCGGUUCUAGUGAUAGUUGGCUAUUUUCAGGUUCAGCGCACCUCUGUGUCUACGACGCAAACCACAACGGAGACGAUUUAACAGUGACCAUCUCGUGUCCGUUGGCUUCUGGCUGCUGCGAGAAAGGAUGCUGUAAACUGCCAGUCAGUUUCAUCACAAACUCUCACAUGAACUCGUCUUCUUUGUCCGAGGAGCCCAUCUCCAACACUUCUCAAUUCAAUGAAACUAUUCUUCUGAUCACACUGACGUUAAUGAUCUUUUUCUUCGGAUGUGUCUCCAUUCUAUUCAUCUUCAGAAAGGUACACAACUCGAACGAUUCAGGUUCGAUCACCAAUAACCGUUUUCCAUUUCAGAUCCAAGAGCUCCGUCGAAAAGAGCACGAGCCAGACUUUGUUUAUCACGCCUAUCGCCCGCCACAGCCAACAGUAAGUGCGAAACCGAAACCGCCGACCGUAAUACUUACCGACUACCGUAACAUGUCUGUUGAAUGACCACCUUUUGUUGCCCACUUUCCUUUUUUCAAGUUCAAAAGCAUCUAAUAAAUAAUUUAUCUUAAAAUCCGUCAGUCAGUCAGAGUAUUCCAGAUAAUGGUACCUCGCAAUGUCUAUGGAUCGCCGUGCUGA